CAUGCCGCAGCUGCAGUAACAGGAAGAAAAUGUGUUCGAUCAGCAGAUACCAGGUACUGAUCAGGAGGAACUAUGCGUCUGUUUUAGGAGGCAGUGGAUUUGAUGAGUGCGCGAGUCAUGGACGCUUAUCUGUCUCUGCUGUGGCAGUAUGUGUUUUCGCCUGCGAAUAUUGUGGGUUUGGUUGCGUUUGUGCUUCUUUUCUAUGUGCUGCAACAGUAUGAGUGGCAUCAGAGAUACGGGAACAUCCCUCCGGGUCCAAAGCCAUGGCCUAUCGUGGGAAACUUCGGCGUUUUCCUUGUGCCUUCGUUUAUUUUAAGACGACUUGCAAAGAAUCGAAAGAUGAUCUCGAAUCCGCUGUCACCUCAGGCUGGACUCAUGGAGAUGUCCAAACUCUAUGGGAACAUAUUCAGUAUUUUUGUUGGGCCUCAGCUUAUGGUCGUGCUGACGGGAUAUGAAACUGUCCGGGACGCGAUGUUAAACCAUCCGGAGGUCUUCUCUGACAGACCGCAUAUACCGCUCGUAACGAUUAUCACCAAGAGGAAAGGGAUUGUGUUUGCGCCUUAUGGUCCUUUGUGGAGGACAAACCGUAAGUUCUGUCACAGCACUCUGCGCAGCUUUGGCUUUGGCAAGCUGAGUCUAGAGCCUUGCAUCUAUGAAGGCCUUACCAUGAUUAAAACAGAACUGCAGAGCCUCAUCGAAAAAGCAGGGCCUUCUGGUAUCGAUCUGACUCCCCUCAUCAGCAACGCUGUCUCCAACGUCAUCUCCUCCAUGAGUCUGGGUCAGCGUUUCCAUCACCAGGACCAGGAGUUCCGCACCAUGCUGGAUCUCAUGUCUCACGGACUGGAGAUUAGCGUCAGCACAUCCAUUUUGCUGGUCAAUGUCUUUCCCUGGUUAUACUACCUGCCCUGCGGUGUUUUCAAAGAGCUGCGGCGCGCAGAGAUCGACAUUACUGCCUUCCUGAAGAAGAUCAUCAUGAGGCACAGGGCCACGCUGGAUCCAGAGAAUCCCAGGGAUUUCAUUGACAUGUAUCUGGUGGAGAUGCUGGCCCAGCAAAAGGGUGAUAAUUCAGAAGUGAGCUUGUUCUCGGAGGACGAUCUCUUCUACAUCAUUGGAGACCUCUUUAUUGCAGGCACUGAUACUACCACAAACAGCGUGUUGUGGAGUAUUCUCUAUAUGUCCUUGUAUCCUGAUGUGCAAGGUAUGUGCACCAGCACUGUAAAGUGUAAUUUACAAAUGUCUGAAGCCAUUAUUAUGGAGGUGCAGAGGAUGACUGUAGUGGUUCCUCUGUCUAUACCCCACAUGGCCUCGGAAACCACAGAGUUCCGCGGAUACACUAUUCCUAAAGGAACAGUUAUCAUCCCAAACCUCUGGUCAGUACACAGGGAUCCCACCGUGUGGGAAAGUCCUGAUGACUUCAAUCCAGACCGAUUUCUGGAUGAACAGGGAAAACUUCUCAGGAAAGAUUGUUUUAUUCCAUUUGGAAUAGGUCGCAGGGUGUGCAUGGGAGAGCAGCUGGCUAAGAUGGAGCUGUUUCUGAUGUUUACCAGCCUGAUGCAGGCCUUCACUUUCAGGCUUCCUGAGGGGAAAUCUGCUCCAUCCAUGCACGGACGCUUUGGCCUGACUCUGGCUCCAUGCCCAUUUACUGUCUGUGUGAAAGCACGCUAAACAGACUUUAAAAAAAAGAGAUGACAUUCCUCAAGCAGUGAGGCAUCACUGGGAAGCAAACUGCACAGGUUGUCCAUUAAGAAGAAUUGUCAUUUGGACCAUAAAUGAAGGAAGGGCCUUUGUGGGUUGCAUGGUAAAGCAAAAACUUUGAGAUUAUUUUAUGUAAAAUUUUCCUGAACAAUUUCAAGAAAAAAGAACACAUACCUGAGUAUUAUAUCAGCAUAUUUCAGUUUUGUAAUUACAUAUAUUUUAUUAAAUAUUAAUUUCAUUAUCUAGUAAAACUGGACUGUUUUAUUAUUAUUAUUAUUAUUAUUUGUUUUUAUUUGUAAGGUUUUGAAGGCAUUUUAUGUAAAAUUUUCCUGAACAAUUUCAAGAAAUAAGAACACAUACUUAAGUGUUGUAUAAACAUUUUGGUUUUGUUACAUUUAUUUUGAAAUAUUUAAUUUAUAAUCUCAAAAUGAUUACUUGGUUACUGUACUGUGCUAUGAGAUUAUUAUUAUACUUUUUUUUUUUUUUAAGGAUUAUUGCAGAAAACGCUUUCAAAUAAGGUUCGUUGUUAAAUGAAUCACUAAUUUUAAUUUGUCUACUAACAAUGUAUUGUAUAUCAUGUUUGAUGUCAUUUUGUGGUGGAAAUUAAAAUUGAAAUAUUUUUGGAAUAAAAUGGCCAGUCUUGCUAAGGCUAAUUUCAUAGCUUAGAAUUUC